CGCCCCCCAUUCCAUUGCAUCAACAAAGGUCACAAGGUUUAUAGUGCCCGGAGAACACAGAAGUCGCGCAAACCCAGGUCACAUUCCAGUAUAACGCGAUAAGCUAAGAACAGCAACAUACCAACAGGCUACGGAUGAUACAUCAGACCGUGGACCAGUUGGUGCACGUUCUGAUCUGCCUCAUGUCGGUCCUCAUCAAACAGAGUCCUGAGGAGCUCGAUCAUAUCUAUUCAACCUGCCGCUAUGUUCAAACGCUUGCAUCUAAUAGUAAUAUUUAGGGACACGUAACCUUAUAGAUGGAGUGUGGAACGGGGCAAGAGAAACAAUUGUGACCAGCAUGCAUGCAUGAGUGCGGUUAACCAAGCUGACUCGCUGUUGGAGCAAACUGGACCUCGCGCCUUUCCACCGCGGCAGCUCAAGCGAUUAAAAUUUAGCCUACAAAUCUGUGCUUAGAAUAAGAACCUUCUGUUCCAACACCCACUAGCAGAGCCACUCACGCUAGUUUAUAAAAAAGUGCAAAAAAAACUACACUGGUAAGGCCAUCACUAUCUCUGGGUAAUCAAUCAGCCCGUAGAACUCUCGCGCGUGCACGCACACAUCGACGCUUAUCCUAAUAGAAUACAUAUUGCAUGUUAAUGGCCCAAAGCCUAGAGUCCUAGACUAGUCAGGAAAACUGCAUAGAAACUCAGGAAAACUGCAUAAAAACUCAAGUGAAACAGAGAAUUUAGUUUCAGAUAUAAAAAGAAUACAAAUAUUCAUCGACAAGCCAAAGGUGCUCAAGAAGGGUUGCAUAGUUUCGAUUACUGGCGUAUAUUGGAGUACAAUGUAUUUAUUUAUUUUGUUAUCUGGGGAGACUAAUAAUGAAACAAAGAAAAAAAAUCAAAACUAAAUCUAGAAGGCAGGUGUUGUACGGUUUAAGAACGUUUUGACUGCCAUACAUGAAUAUUCUAAGUGUGAACUGAAAGUGACUGGCAUCCCUUCAUGCUACUCAGCUUGUCUUUGUUGAGAUACUAAUCCAGCAUUAAAUUAAUAGUGACAGCUGCCUAGAAGUGACUGGUAUCCCUUGUCAGCGUUAAACUAAUCAUGGUAGCUUUCAAGCAGAGAAUGAACUAAAACGAAUUAUUAAAGGAAGAACAAAAUCCUUCAGUUCAGACCUGUAGCCUGUGGGCCUCAUCCAGUCGCUCAAGCCUCAUACAUACAUGUAUAAAUACACAUUGUGUGUACGUAGUAGAUCGCAUCGCAGUAUCUGUAGUGCACAUCUCCCGACGAUUGUCUUCACCUCAGCAGCUUCAUCCCAAGAAGCCAUUCACUAGCAUAUUGCACAAAGGACAGCUAGCCUUUGCAACUUUGUGCAAAUUGAAGAACUCGUACCUUUGUCAGAGAUAUGGAGAGCAGAAAUGAUGUCAAAUCAGAUGAGAUCCUCAUGCCUGGGUUCCGGUUCCAUCCUACCGAUGAAGAGCUGGUUAGUUUCUACCUCAAGAAGAAGAUCCAGCAGAAGCCCAUCUCUAUUGAGCUCAUCAGGCAGCUGGACAUCUACAAGUUUGAUCCAUGGGACCUCCCAAAGCUUGCGAGCACCGGCGGUGAGACGGAGUCGUACUUCUACUGCCCAAGGGACCGCAAAUAUCGCAACAGUGCGAGGCCAAACCGGGUCACAGCUGCUGGGUUCUGGAAAGCCACGGGAACAGAUAGGCCGAUUUACUCCUCCGAGGGCACCAGGUGCGUAGGCCUGAAGAAGUCCCUUGUCUUCUACAAAGGCAGAGCAGCAAGAGGGAUCAAAACCGAUUGGAUGAUGCACGAGUUCAGGCUCCCUUCGCUCGCCGAUACGUCACUUCCCAAGAGUAGGCCGAUCGACAAGAACAUCCCGCUCAACGACUCUUGGACCAUAUGUAGGAUCUUCAAGAAGACAAGUUCGAUGGCGGCACAACGGGCGCUAUCUCACACUUGGGGGGCUCCAUUGCCUGGGGAAACUGAGCAAGAUCUCUUCUCCGCCCUGCAACCGGUGCAAGCUUUACAUUUUGCUUCAGAGAGCUCCUCCAGCUCAUUGCAAGUUGCUGCUGCGCUACCAUCAAAUCAGUUCAACGGCAAAUAUGGCUUUCAGGGACAGCACCAGCAGUUUCAGAAACCCAGCAACACACAGGAGAAUGGCUCUUCAUGCAAGGUCAUAAGCUUCAACUGUGGUCCAUCCCUACAAGUCCUGAAAGGCCCCAUCAUCUUGCCAUUCCAAACACAGCCGCCAUCACAGAGGCCCAUGUUGCACACUUCGCCACCGAUCUUCUUUGACGCGCAGUUUGGGCAGCCUGAACAGAUCACCGGAGUUGUUGUGACUGGCUCUUCUGAAGAUGUGAAUGCCGACAUGAGCUGCAGGGAACAAGAGUCAUCCACAACAAAGCAUGAUGAUACUUUCAGCAUGAAGAAUGAGUUGGAGGCUCCAGGGAGACUCAACUUUCCAUUCGAUUUAGGAGCAGACUCUUCAGAUGACUGGGAGUGCAACAUACCUUGGGAGUCCUUUCUUAGCCCAACAGCCCCUGAUGAGAUCAUACAGUACUAG